GAGUAAAGUCAGUUGGGAGCAGGAGAUCAGUUCGUUCGGACGUGUUUUAUGCGUGCAGCUUGAACAUCUUUAUCAGCUGUGUUUGGUUUUAAGGAUCUAUAAUUGUUUUCUGUGUGUUGUUUCGUGCUAGACAAGUGUUUGUGCAUUCCGAAGUGCAGGCAACGAAAACAAAUAACCCCAAAGAGGGGUAACAUCAUAGAAAUAGCGGAAUCGGGCGAGAGUUCGACCUAAAUAUUACGAUGAUGAAGCUGGCGGUAGUCAAUCUGUUGAUACUGCUGGCAAUAGUCCUAUCAGUAUCGACGACAGUGCUAUGUCAGCAAGAAUCGCCAAUAAAUAGCGCUGACCAGGCCGAAAACGACGGUAGCACUGCGGUGACUAACCCAGCAGGCGCUGACGAUGUGAAGGAAUUUUUGGUUUCGGGACUGCGCUUGGAACAUGAACUGGUUAAGGAACAAGCCGAUGAACCGUCCGCGCGAACCACAAGCAGCGAAAAUAUCGUGGCCAUCCACGUGGAUGCCGUUGGAGCGAAGGAACAGCUUCGUCCCGGAUUGCGGGGUUUGUCGUACAUCGCCAGUAGUUUUCUACCACGAGACUACACGUUGAUCGAAGUGCUAGCGGCAACUCGAGAAGUCGUGGCAGGCGUUCGAUACGACAUAAUCGUUAAGGCGUUCGAUCAAAAUCAACAAGAAGUAGUUUGUGCCUUAGUCGUACUGGAGAAACCGUGGCUCACAACCGAGAGUGGUGAUAAAUACAGGCUGCUAGAGAACGGCAAUUGUACCUCAAGUGAGGAGCAAACCAGUACGGAUGGCAUCGAAAUCGUCACUCAGUUGAAUCCCAUCUUCGAUCCGAGCCUUCGAGAUCGUCAAGAGAUGAACCCCUCGAGAUUCAAAGAUCUAGUCAAUCAAAUUAUAAUAGAAAAACAUGAAGUCAGGGAAGUUACACCAGAGGUUUACGCAAGUAGUACUACCGAAGAACCUGCAGCUCCAGAGCUGAGCGAAUCGUCCAAGAACGUGCUCGAUCAGCUCUUUUUGUUCGGUAACGAAGCUCAAAGCGAACGUCGCGUAUCUACCACUGACAAUGAUAAUCGUCGCCAGGAAGCAACAGAAGAGGUCAUCAUUCCGAAACGUAUUGAACCAAAUUUCGUUCAAACGACAACUGCGGAACCUCCUUCGAGAGCUAUUAACAUGACAAUCGACGAACAAGUCAAAUCUACCUUCGAAGAAGUUUUCAAAACUCAUCAAGAGAUUCAGAAGGCACUGGAUGAAGUAAUACAGAGUGGCGGUGGAAGAGACGUUCAACAAAAGUACGAACCGGUGUUUGCUUCGCUACUGCAAAAAGUAAAAAUCAGUAUCGACAACUACUACCGUAUGACAAAUCCAGGUGGAGGUGAAGCAAACUUCGAUACAGCAGCUUUCGUAGUUAGGGAUAAUAACGCCCAGUUAAAUACAAUUCGGCAACCGCCGUCCAAACCCGCCACCGAAAACCCAUCAACAAGCGAAGAGGACGACGAUCAGCAGCAGCAAGCCGUUCAACCAGAUUUUGAUUUCCUCACAACAGCUCGCGUCGAGAGCCCCACAAUGGAGCUUACUCCCCCAAGAAUUGAUUCAGUUACCAUGAAUUUCAGUGAUACGGACGAAAGCGAUAGCCGCGAACAGCAACAACAACAACAGCAACCUUUGCGCCCACUCACUAAAGAAGAACUGACCGCUCAGUUAAACGCCGACGAAUCUAGUCAACAGCAGCGCGACAAACGCUCGACUCGUUCUCACGAUCAUGACAUCUACCAUUCACCAUUCCAACCAGAAACUUCCGGCGAAUCUCACGAACACCAUGAUCAACCGUACUACGCAGCACCCGGUUCCUUGCCGGGGAAACGGUUUACCGAGUUCAACUUGGACAGCGAUCCGAAAGAUAUGCACCUGGUAGAAAAGAUCAUCGCCGAAGCCAUCGUCACACUCGAUCGUAUGGAUGCCGAUCUGUUCAAGCGGAUUCCACUGGAAAUCGUAAGCGUCAAGCGGAUCAACAAUCAGUUUAGCAGUGAAAUCGAACAAAAAGGUGAACUGUGGGUAGCGCGUGUGGUGCUCGCUAACUCGCAUUGUAUCGAAGAAACGGAGGAUAUUGACAAGUGCCAACGACUACUGAUCGAUGGCAGUAGCAAGUUUUGUACGCUUGAGAUUCGCGUGAAGCAUCCCGAUGUACGACUGGUCAAGUCGGAGUGCGUCGGCAGCAAGAGUAUGCCCGGACUGGUCGGUGGACAUCGAGAGUUGGAUGUUUCGGAGCCGGAGCAUCAACAGCGCAUCAAGGCAGGGUUGAAAACCUACGGAAAAGGGAAGUACAAGUCCUCGAAGUUCAUUAUCAGAUGUGGCACGGUGCAGGUUGUUGCGGGAACAAUUCAUCGCUACACAGUGGACCUGCUGGGCAAGGGCGACAAAGUUACCAAGAGCUGCCAGGUUAAGGUAUACACUCCGGUGAGUGAUCAGGCAGAGUAUAAAUUCGACUGCAAUGAGCCACCUACUUUGUCGUCGUCGUCGGAGGGGAGACAAAAACGUGACGUAGAGCGGAAGAAAAUGAACAAAGCUCCCAAGGUCGGUGCCCCCUCGGAACUGACCCCGGAAGAGUACAACAAACCCGAGCACAGCGAUCGUAUCCGAGACAUUUUGGUGGGAUCCUCCGGUGGUAACUCAGGUGAUCGCAAGUAUACUAUCGUGAGUGCCACUAAGAAAACCGUGGCUGGAAUUUUGUAUACGUACAAGUUGACCUUCAGUGAUGAUCCGGACAAGCGUGUUUGUACACUGACAUCUCACGAACGACCCUGGUUGAAGGAAAAAAAUCCUACUGAAGCCCAGAAAGUUUCUUUCUCAUGCCCAGAAGCUACAAACAGUCGAGUCAAACGUGGCUUCUGUGCUGGUUGUCCCGUUAACGUUGAACCAAGUGAGCUGGAAACAGAAGAAAAUAAGCUGAGGAUUAGCAAAAUUCUUACAAGAACUAGUACAGCUCACGAGGGCGAACCUAAAAUAUUGAGUGCCUCCAAGCAAAUCGUGGAAGGAACGAAAUACAAGUUCGUUGUUGCUUUCAACGUUGAUGGAGUCGAAAGAAAGUGUAAUCUUACUUCCUGGGAACGCCCUUGGCGGUCUGAUCCCAAGGACGCCUACAGAUAUUCGGCAAUCUGUGAUGGCCAGGAUGAAGUUAGUCACAGCCGCAAACGGCGUGGGCUUUUGGGAGGCCCGAACAAAUUGAGCGAAGAUGAAUUACGCAGUGAUGAGCAUACCACGCGACUGAAUCAGAUCAUCGUUUCAUUCGGCGGUGAAACUCUAGAAAGCCCAAAAAUUGUCGAAGGCACGAAGCAGGUAGUUGCUGGUUCGCUUUACAAAUAUAAGUUGAGCUAUCCAAUACAGGGAGAAAGCAAGACCUGUUGGUUUACUUCCUGGGAGCAACCUUGGUUGGAGGAUAAAAAACCGGACGAGGCUUACCAAUAUUCGGUUGAGUGUGACGGAGCCAAGAUUACCUCAUUGAAGAAACGUAGUAGAAGGAGCUCAAAAAAGACUGGCGCGUCUUUUGAUAUUUCUCCCGAGAAUUUGAAGGAUCAAAGCCAUAUUGACCGCAUCAAGGCGGGACUGGUUGGAUACAACCAAGAAAAAUCGCGUACUUAUGAAGAUUUCGAAAUAAUCAAGGGAUCAGUGCAACCCGUGGCUGGUUCUCUCUACAAGUACACGUUCAAGGUGAAAGGAGAACCAAGUGUGGUUUGCAAAAUUUCCGUCUGGGAACGAAUCUGGCUGGAAACGCAAGAUCAGCGUAAAUACAACGUCAAAUGUGAAGGCGACGAUGAACCUGAACAAGAACAUCAACAAUCUGCGGUUUCGACGUCCGCGAAUGGCGAUGAUAACCUGAAGCGGGCAGCACGAUCAGUUCGCCCAUUACGGGGAAAUCCGGAAGAGGAUGGCUACUAUACUAAAGGUGAAGAGCACGCGAGAGCUCAAUUUGAAAAAUUUAAGCAACGCCACAGUCGGGACUACCCGAGUUCCUUGGAGCAUGAGAUGCGCUUCCGUAUUUUUAAAAAUAAUUUGUUCAAAAUAGAACAACUUAACAAGUACGAACAGGGUACAGCUAAGUAUGGUAUUACUCAUUUCGCCGAUAUGACCAGUACCGAAUACAAACUUCGGACAGGACUUGUCGUUCCACGAGAAGCAGAUCGCAACCACAUUUCAAAUCCGAUGGCCGAGAUUGACGAAAGUAUCGAGCUACCGGAGGCUUUCGAUUGGAGAGAUCUGGGUGCUGUUUCCCCGGUAAAAAAUCAAGGUAAUUGUGGUUCAUGUUGGGCGUUUAGCGUGGUUGGCAACAUAGAGGGUCUGCACCAGGUGAAAACCAAAACUAUGGAAGAAUAUUCCGAACAGGAGCUGCUUGACUGUGACACAACCGAUAACGCCUGUCAGGGAGGUUUCAUGGACGAUGCGUAUAAAGCAAUCGAGAAGAUCGGUGGUCUGGAGCUGGAGAGCGAAUAUCCCUAUCUGGCGAAAAAGCAAAAGACCUGUCACUUCAAUCAGUCGAUGGUACAUGUCCGCGUUAAGGGUGCCGUUGAUUUGCCCAAGAAUGAAACGGCUAUUGCCCAGUUCCUAAUCGCCAAUGGUCCGGUAUCGAUCGGGCUGAAUGCCAACGCAAUGCAAUUUUAUCGGGGAGGAAUUUCGCAUCCCUGGCGUCCGUUGUGCAGCAAAAAGAACCUCGAUCACGGAGUGCUAAUCGUGGGCUUCGGCAUCAAGGAGUAUCCAAUGUUCAAUAAAACGCUGCCCUACUGGAUAGUGAAAAACUCAUGGGGACCAAAGUGGGGCGAACAGGGUUACUAUCGGGUGUUCCGAGGAGACAAUACAUGCGGAGUAGCCGAGAUGGCCACGUCGGCAGUGCUAGAGUAAAACCCGUUCAGCUGUGAACUGAACAUUUUAAGGUGUAUCUGUUUGAUUUUAUUUCCCUUUCUAGUAUAAAAAUAUACCUUCUCGAGAGGAAUCCUUCUUUACACCCAUAUAUAGAGCUUCGAACAAAUCAAAGUAUAUCUAGUAAUGUUUGAACAAUAUUUUAAAUAUAUUUUUUUUCUAUAUAUUA